UUUCCUCUACCCACUCAACGUCCAACCAGCCACCGACGGCCCGCGCCAUGCCGCACGCGCGCCGGCGAUGCACUUCUUCGACGCCGAGGCGCGGCGCGACGCUGCGCAGCUGCGGAGGGCGUAUCUGCGCUUGGCCCUGCAGUACCACCCGGACAAGGUCUGCGCCGGUUCGCCUGAUGCAGGAUCUGCCACGCGGACCUUCCAAGAGAUCCAGGGGGCUUACGAGGAGCUCGCAGCGGCCUUGGAAGGGAAAGCAGGAAAGGGGCCACGGGUACGGUCUGCCUUUGCGGCCGCCUGUGAGCUCGGGGACCUUCAGGCGGUGAAAGCCAUGCUGCGGCGGCGCCCGGCGGUCGCCUGGGAGCCCGACGAGCUGGGGGUGACGCCUCUGAUGUUCGCGGCCGCCGGCGGCGCCAUCGAAGUGUGUGAGGCGCUGCUGUCUGCCCAGGCGGCGCUGGACACCUGCAACCCGCUGGGUUGGACGGCGCUCACCUGGGCGGCGCUGCGAGGCCACGCCCAGUGCUGCAGGUGGCUCAUGGAGAGGAAGGCGCCCCUCAAGGACAACGACCUCAUCGUCUUGGCCUUCACUGGGAACUGGCAGACCUUCGAGGUGCUCUUGGGCUUCGCCUCGGAGGAGCGGCGGCUGGAGGUACGCGACCACUGCGAGAAGGGCUUGCUCCACUUCGCCCUCACAGGCUUGGCCUACAUGAAGCGCACGGCGCGCGACCACGUGCGCUGCGUCGACCUGGCGCUCCAGGCCAAGUGCGAGCCCUUCCGAGAAGACUGCCGCGCACUCCGCGCCAGAGAAGGCGGCAACAUGGAAGCCGCGCCCGUCCUCAGCCACUUUGUGCGAUGCAUGGGUGAGAGCUGGGCCGCGUCGGGCCUGGACAAAUCCGGGGAGCACCUUGCCAUGGUGCAAAGGCUCUGCCUGCUGCGCGCGGACGUGGGGGCCUCAGGGCCCCACGGCAGUGCCCUUCAGCUGGCGGCGGAGCAGAACUUCCCGACAGUUCGCCAGGCGCUUUUGGGGGCCAGGCGCGAGUCAGCUUGGACCUUGAGACGCCUGUGCUGGUGUUGCAGCUGAAGACGCCCGACACCUCGGCGAAAAAUGGAGCGACC